AUGUUGUAUAUAGAUGACGAAAUCAGCUGCUCCAGCCUUGCAAACGGGAGCAUUCAACCCAGUAACAUCAUGCUUGACGCAAAUCUCAAUGCUAAGUUAAUGGAUUUCGAUCCCAAAUGGUUUACUUCUGAUGAUGAUCCAUUUAUGAUGCUGAAGAGUUUGUCAGUGAGGGAUGAAUGGGGUAGUGUUGAUGGAGGGGCUGCUGGAGCAAGGGCUGCAGCGGACGGAGUAGGAGCAGUGUCUGAUUGUGCAGUGGACAUGGUGAAGUAG